GAAAUCACUAAUCUACAUUCCUCUGUCGAACGCCUCUCUCACUUCCUAGAGUUCCUAAACGCAACGACGGCCGCUGUAACUACAGACUCCGCGACAUCUUCAUACAGACUUCUUUGAGCUCCUCUUCCUCCAUUGUCUGUUGGUCGGCCUCGAUUUUCAUCUAUUUGGUCUGUUAGUUUUCUCGCCGGCCAUUCCCGAUUUCCCCAUUCUGCAAUGCUGCAAACACCUUUGAUUUUGUUCUGCCGGAGUUAAUGUACGGACGAGCUGAACCGUUGACCAUGGGCGACCAGAUCGCCUCCACCCCCGACUGCGGCGACACCGGCGAGCCCUUGGAUAAUCGCCUUGUUCGAUACGGAGCUCACUCGCUCGAAGACGGCACUGGAGUUGGCAGCAUGAUCGAGGAUCUCAACCCAGAUGCUGUCUAUGUUUCGGCCGGUGAUGGUUCGGAUAUGGCUGUUCAACGCAGUGAUGGUUCAAGCCAGCUCACUCUUUCGUUCCGUGGUCAAGUCUAUCUCUUCGACGCAGUGUCUCCCGAGAAGGUUCAAGCAGUAUUGUUGUUGUUGGGUGGCUGCGAACUAUCUUCGGGUCAGCAAAGCGUGGAUUUGGUAAAUCAGAAUCAGAGGAAUGCUAUUGACUUACCCGGUCGCAGUAGUCAACCGCAAAGGGCGGCCUCGUUAAAUCGGUUUCGACAGAAGAGGAAGGAGCGAUGUUUUGACAAAAAAGUUAGAUAUGGUGUCCGUCAGGAGGUUGCUCUCAGGAUGCAACGCAACAAAGGACAGUUUACUUCUUCCAAGAAGCCUGAUGGUUCGUAUAGCCAUGACAGUGUCUCAGAGUCUCGUCGAGAUGAAAAUCCACUUGAAACUUCAUGCACAAAUUGUGGCGUAAGUUCAAUGGUGACCCCAAUGAUGCGACGAGGGCCAUCUGGGCCUAGAUCACUUUGUAACGCCUGCGGACUUUUUUGGGCUAACAGGGGCACUUUAAAGGAUCUUUCAAAGAGAAGUCAGGACCAUCGGGUGACUCCGGCCGAACAGUGUGAAAGUGAUGCUGCCAAGGACUUCGACUGCAGACGUGGUAACCAUGCACCAAGCAAUCUCGUUUCUUUCCCAAAUGGUGAUACCUCUACUUUAAUGGCUGAGCAUUAGAAAGAAUGACGUUUGUCAUUACAGAUAAAAAAAAAGGCCAUUUCUGGCUGCUUCUGGCUUCAUUCCAUCACGCCCUCGUUUUGGAAAUUUUACAACGUGUGUUGUAGAAUGUACAGAUAUAGCAAUGCCUUAAAUUAAAUACGAGAAGAAAAACAUCUUCUCCUCAUUAUG